AUGAGUUCUAUUCCAUUGUCGUUCCCCUUCAACGCCUUGUCGUAUCGUACUCGCUUGCUCAAUCCGGUUUCCAGAUGCAACAACGGGCCAGCUGAGCGUUACUGGUGUGGUUUACCUGCAGCUGAGGAUGUGGAGCUGGAUAUUGGCCUGCUUAUUUCUGCCGUCAGUUAUUGGUCAGGUGGUAACGUGACGAUUUUCACUGAAUCUCAGUGCCCCUAUUGCACACGGUUACUUCGUGAGCAGAUCUGGCCAUUCUACGUGAAUCGACCAGGAAUCAUGAACCUGCAGGAUGUGGAGCUGGAUAUUGGCCUGCUUAUUUCUGCCGUCAGUUAUUGGUCAGGUGGUUAA